AUGAUCAACUGUUCCCGUUCUCAACCUCCGGAUAUCGCUAUCAAAAGUUCUGUGAUUUCAAUUGUUCUUACCUAUUUGGCUCUUUUCAUUUUGGCAUUCAUUGGGAAUGUUACCAUGUUUAUGAUUCUGUGUCGAAAUCAAUUGGUUAAAGUGAGACGGGUGCAUUCACUUCUUCUUCAUAUGAAUAUUGCACAUCUGCUCGUCACCCUGGUUGUUAUGCCCAAAGAGAUUCUUCACAAUUAUAUGGUCGCCUGGUUUGCUGGAGACAUUAUGUGCCGAGUCUGCAAAUUCUUCGAUGUGUUUGGAAUCAGUCUCUCGAUGAAUGUUCUGAUUUGUAUCACUCUCGACAGGUUCUACUCAAUUUUCUUCCCGUUGUACGCAAUGAGAGCCAGGAAAAGUGUUCAACGAAUGGUUUCAAUCGCCUGGAUUGUCUCUCUUAUCACUUCUGCUCCACAACUGUAUCUCUUCAAAACUGCUGAACACCCGUGUUUCGCUUGGUAUACACAGUGUGUCUCAUUGAAUUUCAUUGGGGAGUUAUCGAAUGAUGUGGUCUUCUAUUUUUCAAUCAUAAACAUCAUCCAAGUCUACAUUGCACCUUUGAUUGUCACUGUGAUUUGCUAUUCUCUGAUUCUUUGGAAGAUUUCGAGAAAAACAAAGCUUGUAGGAGAGAAGGAAUCAGAAAAAUCUUCUGAGCUUCUACUUCGGAGAAAUGGGCAGAACAAUCUUGAGAAAGCUAGGAGCCGAACUCUCAAAAUGACAUUUGUGAUCGUAUUGGCAUUCAUAUCCUGCUGGACCCCAUAUUCCAUUCUAAUGUUUCUUCAUUUCCUUCGACGCACUGAUUGGAUUCCGAAAGACAUUCGGAAAUUCAUCUACGCAUUUGCCGUUCUCAACUCGGCAAUUUCUCCAUAUCUCUAUGGUUAUUUCUCCUUCGAUAUCCGAAAAGAACUACAACUCUUAUUCGCUUGUUCUCGUGCCACUGCUGCCGAUCGUCAUCUCUCCUGUUCAGCUAACAUCAGCAGAAAUGUGCAUUCUUCUUCAGAAAUCAAGUCAGUGAGAGAAUGCGCAAACGGAGCGCAUCGGCCUGUAAUUUUGACGGAAAAACAACUGACAACACAUUAUCGCCACGGCCAGCCCGUGGACACAGUUUGA